AUGAAUUGGCUGCAGUUCUUGUUCUUUCCUAUCGUGUUCUUCCUUCGUUCCUGCAUCUGGCUGAUUGCUCUGCCCUUCAAACUGUUCCACGCAACUGUGCGGGAGUUGCCUUUCGUUCGCUGCAGAAAGUGUCACAAGCUCUGCCUCAAGACUUUUAAGAGAAGGAAUUGUGGGCGUAGCAAGCACGGUCGUGGACACGUUGAUUUUAUUCACUGUUCCAACUGUGGCAAAUGUUGUCCUAAGGACAAGGCCAUCAAAAGGUGCAUUGUGAGAAAUAUUGUUGAGCAAGCUGCGAUCAGAGAUAUUCAGGAUGCCUGUGCUUACGAGGAGUACAAGCUUCCAAAGAUGUAUAUCCAGAUGCAAUAUUGUGUGUCCUGUGCAAUUCAUUCUCAUGUGGUGAGAGUUCGUUCUCAUGAAGAAAGGAGGAAUCGCCAACCACCACAACCACAACAGUUUACUAGAAUCACGGAUGGUCUACCUCGUGCUGCUCAACCGGGACAGCCACCUCGUCCUCCCAGUGGUGCCUUCAAGAAAUCCUAA